AUGUACAGCCUGAAGCCGACCAUCGACUUUGUCUCUAUCGCGUAUCAGGCGUCAACUCUCUACAAGACUAGGUUCAAGAGAUUGUUUCAGCUGUCACCCAAAGAACCUAGAAAGAUGGGUUCGCCAACGCCGGCCUUAGGCUACUUCACUGGGAAGCAUGUAAUGGAAAACCUGGAUAUUAUCAUUCUAGACAUCAAGCCUGUUCCCGAAAACUCAUCACCCGAGUUGCGAAUGAGAGUCAAUGGUCUCGCGGGUCAGGAACACCAUUUGUGGCAUUAUAACUUGGACGUAUGGUAUGAUCUUCCGGAGAACGCUGACCACUGUUUGAGACGUGGUCUCGACAGAAGUGACUGGGACUCUUACCUUAUGUCAUCUAAGAGUAAUACACAAGGUCAAGUCGAGAAGUUUGGCUGGAAUAUGUGUGGCCUGCAGAAGUCACCAAGAGGUAUUUGCAAUCUUUUGAAGUUCCCUAACAUACAGGCGGAGGGUGAAGAAUCGCCGUAUGAAGCCUUCUGGCACAUGGAAGCAACUUGA